UUAAAAAUGAUUACAUACGUAGGGCAAGAAAUUCACGACACCGUUUGCACCUUCUGUAAUCAACUUUCUUCUCUCUCUUCUCUUUCCUUCUUCUCUCACUCACUCUCUCGAGGUAAUUUGCAAUGGCUGAACCUUCCAAGGUCAUUCACGUUCGAAAUGUGGGACAUGAGAUAUCUGAAAAUGAUUUGCUUCAGCUAUUUCAGCCUUUUGGAGUUAUAACAAAGCUUGUUAUGUUGCGUGCAAAAAAUCAGGCACUUCUUCAAAUGCAAGAUAUUCCUUCUGCAGUUAAUGCUUUACAGUUUUAUUCAAAUGUUCAGCCAAGCAUAAGGGGGAGAAAUGUUUAUGUCCAGUUUUCCUCACAUCAAGAACUAACUACAAUGGAUCAAAAUCAAGCACGAGAGGAUGAGCCAAAUCGAAUUCUCUUAGUUACAGUUCAUCACAUGCUGUAUCCUAUAACAGCGGAUGUGCUACAUCAAGUGUUUUCUCCCCAUGGAUUUGUGGAAAAGAUUGUAACCUUUCAGAAGUCAGCUGGCUUUCAGGCUCUCAUCCAGUAUCAAUCCCGUCAAAGUGCUGUUGCUGCCAGAAGUACACUACAGGGACGCAAUAUCUAUGAUGGUUGUUGUCAGUUGGACAUUCAAUACUCAAACCUUGAUGAACUACAAGUGAACUACAAUAAUGAUCGUUCAAGGGACUUCACGAACCCAAAUCUGCCUACUGAACAGAAAGGUCGAUCUUCACAACCUGGAUAUGGUGAUGCAGGAGGCAUGUAUUCUGGAGCAAGGACAGCUGGAUUCUCACAGAUGGCCAAUGCUGCUGCAAUUGCAGCUGCCUUUGGGGGAGGUUUGCCUCCUGGCAUAACUGGAACAAAUGAAAGGUGUACGAUUCUUGUUGCGAAUCUCAGUCCUGAUAGAAUAGACGAAGAUAAACUAUUCAAUUUGUUCUCCAUUUAUGGGAACAUUGUCAGAAUUAAACUACUCCGAAAUAAGCCUGACCAUGCACUUAUCCAGAUGGGGGAUGGUUUCCAGGCUGAAUUAGCAGUACAUUUUCUGAAGGGAGCCAUGUUGUUUGGGAAGCGAUUGGAAGUCAACUAUUCAAAGUAUGCAAACAUAUCCCAAGGUGCUGAUACACACGAGUAUGUCAAUUCAAAUCUCAAUCGAUUCAACCGAAAUGCUGCAAAGAACUAUCGGUAUUGCUGCUCCCCGACAAAAAUGAUCCACUUGUCCACCCUCCCACAAGACAUAACUGAAGAUGAGAUUGUAAGCCUUUUGGAGGAACAUGGUAACAUUGUCAACUGCAAAGUGUUUGAGAUGAAUGCUAAAAAACAGGCACUUGUUCAAUUUGACACUGAGGAACAGGCUACUGAAGCCCUUGUGUGCAAACAUGCAAGUCCACUUUCUGGAUCGGUUGUCCGUAUCUCCUUUUCCCAGUUGCAGAAUAUCUGAGCAUAAGAACUGAAGGAAAAUUGAUUUAUAGUUGCUACUUGCUAAGCAUAUUAGGUUCUGAAUUUGGGAAGGAUAAUUUUUAUGCUGAUUAUGUCACCCUCAUUGUCAUUGUAAUGGUCUCUUUGCUUGCUAAUUUACUGAUAAAACUUGCACUACUUUUUCACUUCGAAUCAUUUCUCUUCUCAUUUGCCUCUACUAGAUUUUUAGGUUGCUAACAUAAAGUAGUGGGGCAAGCUUUAUUAUUGCAGAUGGAUGUAGCCUUUGAAGAAUAGAAAAGAAAGAGAGAGAGAAGUUAAGUUACUACUUCUUCAGAGUUGAGGGAUUCUCUUAUGGUUGUUCUUAUCAUGAUUGUUGUAUAUGUUCUGUAAUUCAGGCUAAGUAGGCCUUUCUGUUGUAUUCUCAAAAUCCAUUUCAAUUUUCUUGUCCAGCUAAGUGGAAACUACAUUUUUGUUUCUGGUUUAUUUAUUCCUAUCUGCACUUUGUAUCU